AUGCGUGCUUCCUUCGUCCUCGCCGCCGCGACCCUCAUCUCCUCGGUCUAUGCCGGCGGCUUCUCCAGCUCGUGCACCUCGUGUCGCCUGGGCUCAUCCAACACGCGGUACGGCUGCCUGUGCACCAACAAUGCCGGCAAGGAAAUCUAUAACAUCGUCGACCUGAACGAGUGCAUGGUCAAUCUGAGCGGACAGCUGAGCCCGCGCGCCCACGGCGGGUUUGGCGCAUCAUGCCAGCCGGACGGGCAGAAUGAUCAGUAUACGCCGUGCUGGACAUGUGGCGGUAGUACCGAUAAGUCGUGCCCCGACCUGAACAGCUUCUUGUCGAACCAAAACGGAGCCCUGGUCUGCGACGUAAUGGCUGUCGCAUACUACAAUGGCAGAGUGCACACUGUCGCCAAAGACAGCGCCGAGGCCUUCAUCGUCGAGGAUGGCAAGUUUGUUGCUGUCGGCACAACAAAAGACAUCCUGCACACCGCCGCCAGCAAUGACCUCGUCACGUUCGACCUGCGCGGCCGCUUCGUGAUGCCAGGCAUCCACGACGCUCAUGUGCAUCUUCUGUCGGCUGGAAUCGCCUACCUCAGUGGUGUCAGUCUGGCUGGCGACACAACCGUAGAAAAUAUCGCUGAGCGGCUGCGCGACGGCCAGUGUAUGUGUGCGUACCAGCACGCAUAUCAGGACUGGGUCGUGGGCAAUACCUUUGCCAUUCCAGAGUUUGACCGCUCAUCACUCGACCGCGACUUUCCAGAUACCCCCGUCAUUGUUCAGGGCGGCGCGGGGCACAGCGCAUAUCUGAACACGGCGGGCCUGAUUAAGGCUGGAUACGACGUGCAGAGCGAGCCGGACGUGCCAGGCGCCCAGUUCCGCCGGCGUCCCGAUGGCAGUCUGACUGGCGAGAUGGCCGAGUUGGCCAUGAACAAGGCUAUGCUAGCCAAAGGAAAUCCAAAUCUAGAGCAUGUCAAACGAGCGAUCAAGGCUGCGGUGCACCGUCUACAUCGCGCUGGCGUUACGUCCUGCCAGGAAGCAGGCACCAACUCGGUCAUUCUGGACGCUCUGCGCGAGCUCGACAGUAGCAAUUCCCUGCGCAUGGACGUUGCCGCGCACUCGGUGUAUGCGCCAGAGUUUUUGGCAAAUGAGCGGCAGAGUUCGCUCAAGGCGCUGAUUGAGCGAGCUCCGGGGCUGGCGACGCAGCAUGUGCGGACGAAUUUUGUCAAGAUUUUGCUGGAUGGCGUGCCGCUGCCGCCGGUCUUUUCGAGUGCUGGGCUGGACGAGGAGGGGAGGGUUGAUAGGACCAAGAUUUUGGUGGAUGAUGUUGUCGAGGCUGUGCAGCGGUUUGACGAGCGUGGGUUGACAGUCAAGAUACAUGCUACAGGCCACGGAAGUACGAGGCUUGCGUUGGAUGCUAUUGAAGCAGCGAGAGCCGGCUCCGAUAAACACAUCAAGCAUGAGAUUGCACACUGCAGUGGUGUUCAUCCUGACGACCUUGAACGCUUCUCCACGCAAAACGUCACCGCAGAGCUCUCGCCAGCCAUCUUCUUCGACCACCCGGUGACAGCCGCCAGCAACGGCGCCAUGAACUGGGAUUUUGCCGCUUUUUUCAAAGUGCGCGCGCAGCCGAUUACUGUUGGAUCAGACUGGGGUUCGCGCGGGGAUCCGUGUUUACUGCCGACUGUCCACCAUGUUGCGCGGCGAGUGGGCGAGUGGGCUGUCCUUGGAGGCAGUAGUAGUCAGACGAAGGAAAAGGCUGGCGCAGAACUCGUGCUGGAGAUCCUGACCAAGAACGGCGCUACGGCUGUCGGGCUCGAUGAAGUCAGUGGUAGCAUCGAAGUUGGGAAGCGCGCGAAUUUUAUCAUGUUGGAUAGGGAUAUCGUCGGCGACGAGCAGAGUGUCGCAGACUUUGCAAAUGUCAAAGUGCUCAAGACGUGGUUUGAGGGAGAGCUGGUCUGGGACGCUGAAACGGACUAG